GACUUGCUUCAACUUUCUGGGCCAUUAGUCGACAAUUGGCAACUAUACUCUUUGCACCAUCUGGAAAAUCCAAAUGGAACGCUUCAGCGUUAUCCUCUUUAGCCUCUGCGCUCUCGUGAUCCUUGCAGGAUCAACGCCCACAGGGUUGUCAACGAUCGAAACUUUGUGGGACAACGUACGUGACGUAAGAGAUAUCGAGGAUCAUCACGUAGACUUGGUGAAAUCGAAGAACGUGCAGAACAGUACUAAGCAACUUUUGAUGGAUGAAAAUCCCAUGAAGAACAUUACCCACAUCAAAGAUCAUGAGAAGGAACCAUCAUACUUGAAGGUAGCAAAUGCAUCCACAACUUUAAUUAGCGAUUUUUCAAGCAGCCAUAUCAAGGAUUCGCAGCACUUAAAACAGAAUGGAGAUCGAGAAGGCGAUGCAUAUCGCAAAGAGGAACCAUCUGCAGGUUUGCCGUCACACGAUAUCCUGCUGGAUCCUGCUUUAAUACCGGUUCGUCUAAGUCGUCAAACUGAAAAAGGUGACAUCACGGAUUACUCGAAUCUCGCAUCGAUCGAGAACAUCUCCAGCGACACCGAGCUUAACAACCACGACGAACGUGGAAAUGUCUUGCCGUCGAGAUGGAGUUCGAACUUCGAAGAUGAUCUCGGCGUAGCUGAAGAUAGGUAUCCGCCUCCAUAUCCGUAUUCGAAUCCGUAUUAUCAACGACAGUUUCCAAAUCGAGGAGGACAGUUUCCGUAUCAAGGAUAUCGAAUAAACGACAGAAGGGAGCCUUACCAUAAUAACUACUGGAGAUAUCCUGUAUUUCCAGGAAAAUAAAUCUGGAGAAGUUUUUGAGAAUUUUUUCUUUCUCUUCUCUUUAAAGGAAAAUUAGUUUUGCAUAACCAGAUUUAUGUAAGUAGAUCUUGGAAAAUAGUAGUGUGAUAAAAUAUUCUUGUUAGAAAAAGAAUAGAGAAAUAUAUAUUAACAUUUUAACAAGUGUAAAUAAAUUAUUUCAAACUUGUGAUUAAAAUCUAAAUUGUACUGUU